AUGUACUUGGAUUUUUUUGCAGACUCAAAUAUGCCUGUUUUUCCAAAAUACUCACUUAUCUCACAUUAUGACUUUAACAAAGUCAGAAUAAUCAAAGAUAUUUUUACAAUUCUUUCAGUUUCUUCUUUCGUUUUGCCCUAUACUUUGCUUUCAAGGCUGAACCAGCAGUUAGACAAAUACAAAGAGCUUAUAAAAAGGGAAUUCGACGACACCGAACUUACUGGACCAGAGCCUAAGCUUACAGGAGAUUAUGAAAGAGGGAGAAAAGCAGUUGUUGAUGAUAGUACUGAAGCUUCUGGAGAAUGGAAACUAAAACGGCCUAUGGAAGAUGACACAUCGAUUUCUCACUUAAAUGUGUUAAGCUCUAGUUUAAAACCUGAAGAAAUUGAAGUAUUAUGCAAGAGAUUUGCGCCAUUAGCAGCACGGUACUGCCGUGGAUUAGAAACAGAACAGCAAUUUGUCGGCAAAUGUUGGAGCUAUACCAAAGAUUGCCUGCAAGAAAAAGCUGGGAAUAAAUUUUUGGAAGCUGCAGCUAACGCAUUCAUUUCAAACGUUGGAGGUGUCAACGGUAUUCCAUAUUACCCAUUCAACAGCGAAGGAUCUGUUAACGGCGGUCAUGAUGGAAAGGUUGAUUUCCGGUCGUGGGGCGGAGGAUAUACUGAUACUGUACGAGUGCGAGAAUAUUUUAGUCAGACGAAUGAAAGUCGUGGUAACUGGCAUCAGGGAGUGUAUGGAUAUAGAACUGGAUGGUUUGUAUCAGUUGGAAACUUAUUUGGAAUUGAGGGGGGGAGGAGUGUUUCACUGAAUGAGGCUGAUACUGGAAAAACACUUAGCACAAGAAAGGCAUUUGCAUCACUACUGCUUGGUGUUUCUGGUUCCCGUAGUUGCAACAUUGGAUUUCCAGGUUUCUCAGCACUGAUGCGCAGUAUUGGACUUGGUAGUAUGCACCUUUUGGUGUACAGAUCAAAUGCUUCAAAAUCAGCUGUAUUUUCGUUUUUUUUUUUUGUUGUUUUCAAUUUGUAUCAGAUAACAUUUUUUAUAGCGAACAUUAUUUAUGAUUAUUAA